UUUUAGAAAAAUAUCCAAAAGAAAAAGAAAAGCGGCAAGGAAAGUGAAAAGCGGUUAUAAAGAUUUAAUCCCUUAACGUAACCGUCAUCAACAAACUGUAUUAACGUCUUUGCAAACGCGAAUUGAGAAAACUUCCAUUUGCAGAAUGAUUCGCUUCUUCUUCUUCUUCUUCACUGAACGCAACUGAGAUCAUGAAUGAAUCGAUUGUAUCCAACGACAGCCCUCGGCGAUCUCUCAGCGUUCAACUUUCCUCCCUGAUGAUCGUCGAUGACAGUUUAUCCUACGACAAACUUCCUUCCCAAAACCUCACCCUCUCCAUCCUCAAACUCGAUUCAUCUUCAUUCCAAGUUGAAGUUGCUAAAACAGCAACUGUUGCAGAACUCAAGGAUGCGGUAGAGGCGGUUUUUAGACCGGAAAAAGUAUCGUGGCCACUUGUUUGGGGGCAAUUUUGUUUAUGCUAUGAAGCACAGAAGUUAGUUACAGAAACGGAUUAUCUUAGAGAUUAUGGUAUCAAGGACAGUGAUCAGCUUCAUUUCGUUCGCCAUAUAUCCAACGUCUGUAGUAUUCAAAAGAAAUCGAAGAAACGAAUUGUCAAUUUGAAUCAACACGGGAGAUCACCGUCACAAGUGAAUAGAUGCCAACAGAGAGAAAAUGGUGAUGCGAACAACAUUGGCUUAGAAAGUAUAGUCAUAGAGAAUGGGAAGGUUCAGAAUUGCAACACAGAAGAUAAUCGCAUUGGAAUGGGCAAGUUAACUGGAUACUUGGGAGGUAUGUUCUCAGAGGCCCGGAUGGCUGUUGUGAGAAGAGCUAGAAUGGAAGGUGGGAUUUCCAGAGGCAUAGCUAGUAGUUUUAGGAAGGUUAAAGGGAUUGUAGGUCAAUGCAGAAAGCCGCAUAAAAGGAACACAUGGAAAGAGUUCUCAAGUUGAUGAUUUUGUUCUCUAAUCAAUUCAGCAUUGUUAUGGGAUUUUAUUCUGCCACAAAUACUUUGCCUCAUUGUAACUGUCAUAUUACAGUACAGUUUAUUCUUUUGGAUUUACAUAUAAGACUAAGAAUUGAUUUUGUCUUCAAAGCUAUGCAAGGAUUAUUACACCAGUAAAUAGAUAUUUAAUUUAAUAAAAACGAGUUUAAUUAA